AGACGGGUACUGUAAAUGUACAAUUAUGUUCCCAGGGAAACAAAACAUUUAACUGCACAUGUAAAGGGAUGCAGUAGGUCCUUGGAGUACAAUAAUAUUCCCAAAAAGGUGACUGCAGUACAGAUGACCACCUCACAGACAUUCUCAGGACAUUCUGACACAGAGUGGCUGACACCGGCUGUGAAUGACAAGUUCCAGAGCCGGUUUGGAUGGCGUAAAAGUACAGCUGACAGUGGGGACACAGGACUGGGCACCUCUGAUAACACAGAAGAUUUCUGCAGCACUGGCAGCAGUCCGUCCUUCCAGCCCAUCCGCAGUCAGAUCCCCAUCCCCACCGCCCAUGUCAUGCCUUCCACGGCCGGAGCUCUGGCCUCCAAGCUCAAGCCACGUGCCCCUGAUGAGCGGGCGUCCUCCAGCUCAUCCAGCUCCAAAUCGUCCCUUUCCAAAUCUGCGUCCUCGCCCAAUCUGGAUGCUCAGCAUGAGGGAAAUUUAGAUGCCACUGCAGUCAAACCUGAUUGCCUGAGCCGAUAUCGCAGUCUGGUGAAUGGCCUCGACCACACACUUUUUCCCUCCGGAGACCAGACACGACUGGAUGAUGGCCACAAGUUUGACGUACCUGCCAUGGAGCCCACGCUAAAUCAGUCGGCUCUGCUCAGCGGGUUUUCCCCUGAUGUAUGCAAGCAGCUGCAAAUAACUGGAUUUGCAGACAAUACUGGCUUGCUGGAACAGACUUAUAAAGUUUUACCGGAGUCUAGGACAGGUUUUGGCUGCCCCACGGACCCCCAAAGGAAUGUUUAUUCGGGGUCUGGUGCCUCUGCCAGGAUGUUUUCAGUACCUCAGGGCCUGCCAAAUCAGGCUCUUCUGAGGGACCAGCCCAGCACUGGAGCGUACGAUCUGGCCAGCUGGCAGCAGCAAAAGCAGAAACUCGAGAGUUUGCGGCUACAGGUGGAACAAAUGCAGUUAAUGACAGGAGGGGGUGGGCAGUAUGCCUCCCUUUAUUCAUCCGCUCCUCACACUGAGAACAUCAAGUGGGAUGCUGUCGUAAAAGCUAAUGAGAACUUGCUGAAAGAGAAAGAACUCGCCAUUGAAAGGCAGAAGCAGCAGAUGUCUCAGCUGGAGCAGCGUCUUAGAGAGAGUGAACUGCAGGUGCACAGCGCUCUCAUGGGACGUGGAGCUUCUUACCCAGACAUGUGUCUUUUGAGACUGCAGGAGGCCCAGCGGGAAAACACCUUUUUGCGAGCCCAGUUUGCCGAGCGCAGCGACUGCUUUACCAAAGGUAAGCUAGAAGCGGACCGGAGACUGGCCGCGGUGGAGGUGGAGAUGCAACGUCUGAAUGAGAUCUUGAAGGAGAGCAGUGGAAAACACGCAGAGGAGCUGAAGAAACAAGAGGAGAGGAUCCGCAGUCGGGACAAACACAUCAACAGCUUAAAAAAGAAGUGCCAGAAGGAAUCGGAUCAGAACAGAGAGAAGCAGCAGCGGAUUGAGACUCUCGAACGAUAUUUGGCGGACCUCCCUACCAUGGAAGACUAUCAGGCCCAGCACAAAAAGCUGGAGGAUGUAGAGGAGAGGGCAGCUCAGCUUCACGCCACCGUCAGAGAUCUGGAGAUCCAGCUGGAGGAGUCCCGCAGUGCUGGACGCAGCAAAGAGAACCAACUGGAAGAACAGAGGCGCAAGGAGAGAGAACUGCUUACAACAGUCACCAGUCUCCAAAACAGGGUGCAGGAGAGCCUCGAGGACGGGGUGAGAUUGCCUUCUCUUGACAUAGAGAUGCUACGAGAAGAAAACACUACUUUAAAAGAAGAGCAACAGCGACUUAAAAAGGUUAUUGAAAAACAACUCAGGAUAAUGGAACAGCUGGGCUCACAGAUUAGGACUCUGGAGGAGCAGAUCUCUCAGGAGGACUGCAGCAGUCAGGCCCUGCGAGAGGAGGCGUCAGAGAAAGAGGAGAGUAUGUUACAGUUACACGCUGCCAUGAAGGAGCUCUCAGUGCACAACCAGGAGUUGAUGGAGGACAAUCUGACGUUACAGGAGCGUCUUCAAGGCGAGGACCCAAGUGGUCGGUCCAAUUUGAAUGCUCCUCUGCUACCCGCAGGGGCCCGGCUCACUCAAAGGCUGUAUGGAGAGAUGUCCGCCUGUCUGUGUGACCUCCGCUCCCUUUGCAACAUCCUCACGCAACGGGCUCAGGGCCGUGACCCAAAUCUCUCCAUGCUGCUCGGCAUUGCUUCAGCUCCUCCUCCAGUAGGAGAGCCGUGGGAGGACUGGCUCAGACCUGAAGGCCUGCAGAAGAAGCUUCUAGAAGCUCAGCAGCUCCGUCGAGACGUCGAGGAGCUGAGAACCACCGUUUCUGACCGUUAUGCUCAGGACAUGGGAGAAAACUGCAUCACUCAGUGAGCGUGGACAAUACACUCAACAAAACGGAACACUUGACCCCUUGAUAGCCAGCGCACUUCGGUAUGAAGGAGGAGUGUCUGGUGCGCCUCAUCUUCACACAGCUCCGCAAAGAUGCGUUUGUUCAAUGGACGGGCUUUGAUAAAGUUGACGAUCUUUACAACCAUCUUGAGCGCUUCAUUCAGCUCAACCGAGAGGUGUUUGCUAGCCAGGGCUUGGCGGUGUAUCAUACAGUGAAAAGCAAGACAGUGAGGAGCCUUUUCCUUCAGACAUGCAUUAAAGCCUUUGUUCUUUCCCAUCAAGCAGCUCCAUAUGUGCAGCAUGCGACUAAGUUAUUAUAAGGAAUGUUUUGCUUGGUAAAGUACAUAUCAAUAACAUGGAAAAUAUCUUCAUCUCGUGUCGUUGUUGACAAAUUGGUAGACAAAAGAAUGUCCUGCUUUACUUCGGCGUCUUCAAUGUAUUGCACAUAUGCAACGAGUGCUUCGUCUGCCACAGUGGACGUUUCAUCAAGUUGAAUAGAAAAUGGGUGCUCCUUUAACUUUUCAACCAACGUUUUUUCAACAUUGUCUGCCAUUCGGUCAAUCCUAUCUUUUACUGUAUUAUUUGUCAGGGGUACAGUUUUAAGCUUGGAAGCCACCUCCGUUCCACACAUUAUUUCUGCCAUUUUUACACAAGCGGGUUUGAUUAGCGUUUCUCCGAUGGUGUGCGGCUUUUUGGAUUUGGCAAUUAAAAGAGCGCACUCGAAGGACGCAACCGUUGCAUGUCUGUUUUCAUUUCCAGCUCUAGUCAAAGCAUCUCUAAUGUUCUGUGGCCUGUUUGAUAUAACGAGUUCUUUUUCCUUAGGAAAAAAUCUCUGGGUUUACCCACCGUCUCAGGGUGUUUGUUGGUCUGAUGCCUCUUCAGUUUGCAGGGCUUCAUGCUUUCAUUCACUAGUCUCUCUCCACAGAUUACACACUCAAUUCUCACAUUGUCCAUUGCUUCAAUAAAACCAAAUUCCAGAUAACGGUCCAAAUAAAUCCUUAUUUUCUUUUUAACACACAUAUUUUUCUAUUCUCCCUUGCGCUUUGCCAUAUCCUUUAGUUUUAUUUGACUAUUUACCUUGUUUUGAGCAUUGCGCUGUACAACGGGCAGUCUGACAUUCAUUUUGCCCCAUAUUUUUUUAAGUCACACUCCGCCUUUUCCCGACUCAAGCAACACACAUCUAAAAAUGAAGAAAUGGCUUAUUUUUUCAUUAAUAUAAUAAGAGAACAUUACUAGAAUAAUCAACAUGGUUUUACAUAAAAAGUCUUCCUAUUUUAACUCUCAAAUUUAAGUAACAUUGGCGACCCCUCGUAAACCUUUAGCGACCCCUAGUGGGGGUCACGAACCACUGGUCUAUGGGAUGUAAAAGAGGAACAUGCAAUAAAUACUUUUAUACAUUUGGAGCUGGAAUGUGCCAACUUGAUCUUUUUUCUACUUGUGUUACCUGACUAAAUAAGCAAACUUCC